UCAUUCCCUCUUAUGUCUCUCAAUCUCUCCGCCUAAAACAGGAGAGAUCAUUUCAUUUGCUUUCGAUGGAAACGAAUUUCUAUUCCUUCUGCAAACACUCAUCAAAUGAUCUUCUUCGUGGAAUAGAAAGAGUAAAGCAUGUUCAAGCCUUCAAGCACAAAUCUUUUGCGGUUCCCAAUCGGCUGCCCCUUCGUAUCUCAGCCGUGGACACUUCCUCCAGAGCUGAUGAAGCUGAUUUAGCAACUGUCAAGUCGGUCGAAGCCGCCGCCGCUGUCCAGCCCGUCUAUAAGCCCACGCCUCCCAAUCGCGACCUGCGGACUCCCCAUAGCGGGUAUCAUUACGAUGGGAGUACUAGGAAAUUCUUCGAAGGCUGGUACUUCAAGGUCUCAAUACCUGAACGGAGACAGAGCUUCUGCUUCAUGUACUCGGUGGAGAAUCCCGCAUUUUCAACCAAAUUGACAAAAUUGGAAGAGGCAACACAUGGACCACGGUUCACUGGAGUAGGGGCACAAAUUCUUGGUGCUGAUGAUAAGUACAUUUGUCAGUACAAAGAUGAGUCUCAGACUUUCUGGGGAAGUAGGCAUGAGCUGAUGCUGGGGAAUACUUUUGUUGCUCAAAAUGGCAUGAGCCCACCCAAUGUGGAAAUCCCACCUGAGGAGUUCAAUCGAAGAGUCUCGGAAGGCUUCCAAGUUACACCACUUUGGAAUCAGGGUUUCAUCCGUGAUGAUGGGCGGACAGAUUAUUUAGACAUUGUAAAGUCUGCUCGAUGGGAAUACAGUACCCGACCUGUUUAUGGAUGGGGCAAUGUUGGGUCUCAACAGAAGUCAACCGCUGGCUGGCUUGCUGCUUUUCCUGUAUUUGAGCCUCAUUGGCAGAUCUGCUUAGCUGGUGGACUUUCAACAGGUUGGAUAGAAUGGGGUGAUGAAAGGUUUGAGUUCACGGAUGCUCCAUCAUAUUCAGAGAAAAACUGGGGUGGGGCUUUCCCCAAAAAGUGGUUCUGGGUUCAGUGUAACGUCUUUGAAGGGGCAUCUGGAGAAGUUGCUUUGACUGCAGCUGGUGGACUGAGACAACUUCCUGGAGACACGUAUGAAAAUGCUGCACUGGUUGGAAUUCAUUGUGGAGGAGUUUUCUAUGAAUUUGUGCCGUGGAAUGGAGUUGUUGCCUUUGAAAUUGCUCCUUGGGGCUCCUGGAUCAUCUCGGCUGAGAAUGAAACGCACAAGGUAGAAGUAGAGGCCAGCACUGAUGAUCCAGGUACAACUUUGCGGGCACCAACAUCGGAAGCUGGACUAGCUCCUGCUUGUAAAGACACAUGUUUUGGCAACUUGAGACUGCGGUUGUGGGAACGGAGAUACGAUGGAAGCAAGGGAAAGAUGAUAUUGGAUGUAACAAGCAACAUGGCAGCAGUAGAAGUUGGGGGAGGACCUUGGUUCAAUACCUGGAAAGGCAAGACUACGACUCCUGAGAUAGUUAGCCGUGCUCUAAAUGUUCCAGUUGAUAUUGAUGGGUUCUUUGGUUUUCUUCCUUUCCUCAAACCCCCUGGCUUAUAACCUACCUGCACCUCUCAUGGGUAAUCUCCUUCUUUGUACACUGGCUACUGUAAAUAGUGGCAUUUAAAGUUUACUCCAUCGGUUUUGGACAACGACUUGCUACUGUAAAUAGUGGCACCUAAAGUUGUUGAUUCUUGGUGUACUGAGUAUCAUACAAGCCACAUUUGAAAAUACUUUUUUUUAAUAUUCAUUUACAAGUUUGAAAAGAUAAAUGUUUGUUUCU